AAGGGUGGGGGCGGGGGUAGGGGGAGCCAAUCCCGGCAGCGCCAAAGGGGGGAGGCGGCGGUGACAGCCGCGGGGAGGGGGCGGGAGGAGAGAGGCGGCUCGGCUCGGCUCCGCGCUCAGCUCCGCUCUGCCUCCGGCUCUGCGCUCACCUGCUGCCUAGUGUUCCCUCUCCUGCUCCAGGACCCCCGGGUAGACCUCAGACCCCGGGCCCUUUCCCAGACAGCCUCAACCCGGACUCCCCCAGCCCCGACGGUGCACUAGGCCGCCAGGGGGCGCCGUGUGAGCGCCCUAUCCCGGCCACCCGGCGCCCCCUCCCACGGACCGGGCGGGAGCGGGGCGCCGGGGGCCAUGCGGGGCCAGGGCCGCAAGGAGAGUUUGUCCGAUUCCCGGGACCUGGACGGCUCCUACGAUCAGCUCACGGGCCACCCUCCAGGGCCCACUAAAAAAGCGCUGAAGCAGCGAUUCCUCAAGCUGCUGCCUUGCUGCGGGCCCCAAGCCCUGCCCUCAGUCAGUGAAAACAGCGUGGAGGAUGAGUUUGAAUUGUCCACCGUGUGUCACCGGCCUGAGGGUCUGGAGCAGCUGCAGGAGCAAACCAAAUUCACGCGCAAGGAGUUGCAGGUCCUGUACCGGGGCUUCAAGAACGAAUGUCCCAGCGGAAUUGUCAAUGAGGAGAACUUCAAGCAAAUUUACUCCCAGUUCUUUCCUCAAGGAGACUCCAGCACCUAUGCCACUUUUCUCUUCAAUGCCUUUGACACCAACCAUGAUGGCUCGGUCAGUUUUGAGGACUUUGUGGCUGGUUUGUCCGUGAUUCUUCGGGGAACUGUAGAUGACAGGCUUAAUUGGGCCUUCAACUUGUAUGACCUCAACAAGGACGGCUGCAUCACCAAGGAGGAAAUGCUUGACAUCAUGAAGUCCAUCUAUGACAUGAUGGGCAAGUACACGUACCCUGCACUCCGGGAGGAGGCCCCAAGGGAACAUGUGGAGAACUUCUUCCAGAAGAUGGACAGAAACAAGGAUGGUGUGGUGACCAUUGAGGAAUUCAUUGAGUCUUGUCAAAAGGAUGAGAACAUCAUGAGGUCCAUGCAGCUCUUUGACAAUGUCAUCUAGCCCCCAGGAGAGGGGGUCAGUGUUUCCUGGAGGGACCAUGCUCUAACCCUAGUCCAGGUGGACCUUACCCUUCUCUUCCCAGGUCUAUCCUUGUCCUAGGCCUCCCUGGGGGCUGGAGGGAUCCAAGAGCUUGGGGAUUCAGUAGUCCAGAUCUCUGGAGCUGAAGGGGCCAGAGAGUGGGCAGAGUGCAUCUUGGGAAGUGUUCCCAACUCCCACCAGCUCUCACCCGCUUCCUGCCUGACACCCAGUGUUGAGAGUGCCCCUCCUGUAGGAAUUGAGUGGUUCCCUACCUCCUACCCCCAUUCUAGAAACACACUAGACAGAUGUCUCCUGCUAUGGUGCUUCCCCCAUCCCUGACUUCAUAAACAUUUCCCCUAAAACUCCCUUCUCAGAGAGAAUGCUCCAUUCUUGGCACUGGCUGGCUUCUCAGACCAGCCUUUGAGAGCCCUGUGGGAGGGGGACAAGAAUGUAUAGGGAGAAAUCUUGGGCCUGAGUCAAUGGAUAGGUCCUAGGAAGUGGCUGGGGUUGAGAAUAGAAAGGCCUGGACACGAUGUGAUUGCUCAGGCAUACCAGGUUAUAGCUCCAAGUUCCACAGGUCUGCUACCACAGGCCAUCAAAAUAUAAGUUUCCAGGCUUUGCAGAAGACCUUGUCUCCUUGGAAAUGCCCCAGAAAUUUUCCACACCCUCCUCGGUAUCCAUGGAGAGCCUGGGGCUAGAUAUCUGGCAUAUCCCUGGCAUUGCUUCCUUUCCUUCCUUCCUGCAUGUGUUGGUGGUGGUUGUGGCAGGGGAAUGUGGAUGGGAGAUGUCCUGGCUGAUGCCUGCCAAAGUUUCAUCCCACCCUCCCUGCUCAUCGUCCCUGUUUUGAGGGCUAUGACUUGAGUUUUUGUUUCCCAUGUUCUCUAUAGACUUGGGACCUUCCUGAACUUGGGGCCUAUCACUCCCCACAGUGGAUGCCUUAGAAGGGAGAGGGAAGGAGGGAGGCAGGCAUAGCAUCUGAACCCAGUGUGGGGGCAUUCACUAGGAUCUUCAAUCAACCCGGGCUCUCCCCAGCCCCCCAGAUAACCUCCUCAGUUCCCUAGAGUCUCCUCUUGCUCUACUCAAUCUACUCAGAGAUGCCCCUUAGCACACUCAGAGGGCAGGGACCAUAGGACCCAGGUUCCAACCCCAUUGUCAGCACCCCAGCCAUGCUGCCAUCCCUUAGCACACCUGCUCGUCCCAUUCAGCUUACCCUCCCAGUCAGCCAGAAUCUGAGGGGAGGGCCCCCAGAGAGCCCCCUUCCCCAUCAGAAGACUGUUGACUGCUUUGCAUUUUGGGCUCUUCUAUAUAUUUUGUAAAAUAAGAAAUAUACCAGAUCUAAUAAAACACAAUGGCUAUGCA